AAAUUUUACUUUUUACGGCUGACGACUGAAACAUCGCUCAAAAUUAGCUAUAAAAAAGCUGUGGUGGCAACACUGCCUAAAGCAGCACGCCGGCAAGGCAAUGAUUGCAAAGUUUUCUCAUUUGUGUUCGCUAAAGUUAUUCCAACAACAAUUGCGAGUAACUGCACUUUCGACUUGCUUACGUAGUAUACGGCCGCACAGCACAGCCGUCGACAUGGAUAAAGUGUAUCUGCGCCAUGCACAAAAUACGGAGGAGCUGCACAUAACGUUUCGCUAUUCCAACAAGGAGCUCAAGCUAGAUCGCAGCUUUAACUUUUGCCGGCGCAUGGACGAGCGUGUGGAUGAGGCACUCAGCCGGAUACGGCACAAUGUCGAGAAGGAGCUGAGCAAACGCAGCAGGAAGAAGACCAAGGGCGCACCAGCUGUUGUCGAGCCUACGCCGCCUCCCAAUCCGGAUGAGAUAAUUGUGGCGCUACAUCGGGACGGGUCCGAGGAAGGCAUCCUGGGCAUCACCUUUGCCGAGUUGUUAUCGGACCUUGCAAAUGUUCAACUCAAACUGCGCGUUUUGGACACCACAUUCGAUGUGGUGCUCAAUGAGCCCUGGACCGGAGCACUCCAGUUGCCCAGCUCCAUGAUGGCCGGCUGCCUGGUUUAUCCGCUGAAGCUAGAACUGCAGUUUGCCAGCCGGGCGCACAGUUCAGGUGAAUGGUUCAAAGCAACAAAGCCCGCAUCGGGAAUCUUUAAUGAGCAAACCAAGUGGGAGCCAUGCGGUAAGGGUCUGAUCUAUCAAGUGGCGCCCGCGGAUAUAGGCUAUCAUUUAAAGCUGGUCGUGACGCCGGCAAAUGAGAGUGGCCACUCGGGUCCGGCGACGGAGUGCAUUAGCAAAUUGCCGGUUCAGCCGGGACCCGGCGCUUGUCCCUUCGAGCUGCGCCAGCAAUAUACACGCCAGCCACUGAGCGGAACCCACGAGAUACGCGUGGUCAGCUACAAUCUGCUGGCCGAUCUCUAUGCGGAUGGGGAUUACGCGCGCAAAACUCUGUUUCCCUACUGCGCGCCGUCUGCCCUGAAAAUUGAUUACCGCAAGCAGCUGUUCAUCAAGGAGCUGGUUGGCUAUAAUGCGGACUUGCUGUGCCUGCAGGAGGUGGAUCUCAAGAUAUUCGAGCACGAUCUGCAGCACGUGCUGGAGCAUACCUUUGCUGGCAUUAUGACGCCCAAGGGCGCCUGCGCCGAGGGCAUUGCCCUGUUUUAUCGCAAAUCGCGCUUCCAGCUGCUCCACAACUAUGUCCUGCACCUCGGCGACAACAUCAGCACCUUGCCCAUCUUCGCAUCACUCUGGAAUCGCAUUAAACACAACGAGCAGCUGGCCAAGCGCAUCUGCGACAGGUCCACCACAUUGCAGCUGUGCCUGCUGCAGCUGCGCGAGACGGAUCGCUAUGUGCUGGUGGCCAAUACACAUCUUUACUUCCAUCCGGAUGCGGAUCACAUACGCUUGCUGCAGAUCGGUUUCUCGCUCAUCUUCGUGGAACACAUGUACAGGCAGACCAUAAAGGAACGCAAUAUAAGUUCGCAAAAUAUUGGACUCAUAUUCUGCGGCGACUUUAAUAGCGUGCCCGAAUGUGGCAUCUAUAAGCUGAUGACCGAACAGUUUGUGGGCACCGAUUUUGUAGACUGGCGCAGCAAUGCGGAGGAGGCUGUCACCGAUGUGGAGCUCCGGCAGCCUUUCAUGAUGAGCUCCGCUUGCGGCACGCCGCCGUACACCAAUUAUACGACGCUCUUUGCGGCCUGCUUGGAUUAUAUAUUCUAUCAGAGCGAUUGCUUGGAGCUGCUGCAGUCUGUGCCGCUGCCCACGGUGGAGGAGUUGAGCGCCAACGAGGCUAUACCGUCCGUCACGUUUCCGUCGGAUCACGUGGCUCUCGUGGCGGAUCUCGCAUUUAAAUCAAUCUGAUUGUUUACUGUAAAUAAAUUGAUUUUUUUUUAUUGUUGUAAAGCUAA